GCCCGGCGGGCCGGAGAGGCCCAGGGUCAAGACGUCCGGCCUCGGGGUCCCCUGGGCGGCGCUGAGAGGGCGAGUGGCGAGGGCCCGGGGCGCAGGGCACUCAGGCCGGGUCGCAGGAUCGUCCGCCGUCGCCGCUACCGCUGCACUGGGAGCUGGCGGGGAUGGAGCGGGAGGCGUCGCCGUGGGGCCUCGAGCCCCGGGAUGUGCACUGUCCUGACGAGAUGGGGAGCCCCGAAAGGUCCCUCAAAGGCAACGUGAGUGAGAAUGAGGAAGAAGACGUUUCUCAGCAAGAAGGCACUGGGGACUAUGAAGUCGAAGAGAUACCUUUUGGGCUUGAACCCCAAAGCCCAGAGUUUGAAUCCCAGAGCCCUAGGUUUGAGCCUGAAAGCCCCGGGUUCGAGUCCCGCAGCCCUGGGUUUGUGCCUCCAAGUCCUGAGUUUGCUCCUAGAAGCCCUGAGUCUGAUUCUCAGAGCCCUGAGUUCGAAUCCCAGAGCCCUAGAUAUGAUCCCAAAAGCCCUGGCUAUGAACCCCGGAGCCCCGGGUACGAGCCCAAGAGCCCAGGGUAUGAACCUCGGAGCCCUGGAUUGGAAGCUGAAAGUUCCAAAUUCCAAGAGGGUGCGGAGGUGCUUCUAAACCCCGAGGAAAAGGAUUCCUUGGGCAUCCCCCUAGGAGUUCACCCUCUGGACUCUUUCACUCAGGGGCUUGGGGAGCAGCCCGCCGAGGGCGUGCCCCUAGGGCCACCUUUUGAGAUGCCCACGGGGACCCUGCUGACGGCACCCCAAUUUGAGAUGCUGCAGAAUCCCCUGGGGCGCCGGCGGGGUGGCCGGUCCAGGGGUGGGCAGGGCCCUCGGCCUAAUAUCUGUGGCAUUUGCGGGAAGAGCUUUGGGCGGGGCUCCACCCUGAUCCAGCACCAGCGCAUCCACACCGGGGAGAAGCCCUAUAAGUGUGAGGUGUGCAGCAAAGCCUUCUCCCAGAGCUCCGACCUCAUCAAACACCAGCGCACGCACACGGGCGAGCGGCCCUACAAGUGUCCCCGCUGCGGCAAGGCCUUUGCCGACAGCUCCUACCUGCUGCGCCACCAGCGCACCCACUCCGGCCAGAAACCCUACAAGUGCCCACACUGCGGCAAGGCCUUCGGCGACAGCUCCUACCUCCUUCGGCACCAGCGCACGCACAGCCACGAGCGGCCCUACAGCUGCCCGGAGUGUGGCAAGUGCUACAGCCAGAACUCGUCCUUGCGCAGUCACCAGAGGGUGCACACGGGCCAGCGGCCCUUCAGCUGUGGCAUCUGCGGCAAAAGCUUCUCGCAGCGCUCGGCCCUCAUCCCGCACGCCCGCAGCCACGCCCGCGAGAAGCCCUUCAAGUGCCCCGAGUGCGGCAAGCGCUUUGGCCAGAGCUCCGUGCUGGCCAUCCACGCCCGCACCCACCUGCCAGGCCGCACCUACAGCUGCCCCGACUGCGGCAAGACCUUCAACCGCUCGUCCACCCUGAUCCAGCACCAGCGCUCCCACACGGGCGAGCGGCCCUACAGGUGCGCCGUGUGCGGCAAGGGCUUCUGCCGCUCGUCCACGCUGCUGCAGCACCACCGCGUGCACAGCGGCGAGCGGCCCUACAAGUGUGAUGACUGCGGCAAGGCCUUCUCCCAGAGCUCCGACCUCAUCCGCCACCAGCGCACCCACGCGGCCGGCCGCCGCUGACGGCGCCAGCAGGGCUGGGGGUGGGGAAGGCGGUGGGCAGCGGUGGGUGGGGAGCUGGAGAAACCGUGAGAGAGGAGAAUUGGAGGAGCUGGAGGGGUUGCGGAUUCUAGAAGAGGCGGCCGGGGUGCGGGGAGUUGUGCGUGCCCUGGGACUUGGCGGGAGAUGGGCUAAGGAAGAGAGAGGGGUUGGAGGGAGGCCGAGCAGGCAGCGGGCGGCUCUGGGAGAGAGGUCAGCAGAGAGCUCCUGGAUGCGGGCCUGGCUUGGCUGAGCGCUGGCUGGG